UGAAAGAGUUGGAAAGAGAGAAGGAUGAUGGUUUGUAAGAGUUUGCUUAUCAUUCUCUUAAUUGUCUCUCUCUUUUGUCUUCACCAAUGUCAAGAGCCAAAUCCCGAUCGUCACGAGCCGGACCCCGAUCGUCACGAGCCGGACCCCGAUCGUCACGAGCCGGACCCCGAUCGUCACGAGCCGGACCCCGAUCGUCAUGAACCGGACCCCGACCAUCACGAGCCGGAUCCCGACCGUCACGAGCCGGAUCCCGACCGUUACGAGCCGGACCCCGAUCGCCACGAGCCGGACCCCGAUCGUCACGAGCCGGAUCCCGAUCGUCACAAGCCGGAUCCCGAUCAUCCAAAAGGAAUAGAAAGAUGUUUCCACAAAUACUCGAUUAUGGGAGAACCAUGGCAACUCGAGUAUUUGUGUUGUAUCAAAAAACCUUCCAUAUGCACUCCUGUCAUCUUUCCCGAAGAUUGUAUUAAGUGUCCGUCGCUUACAAAAGAUGAAGCACCUUCUCCUUCGGUCGAUGCAACAUUGCCUCAUAUGUAAAAUGUUCAUUGAUUGAUGAUGUUAUUUUAUUAAAAAAAAUCAUUAGAUAAAGUUUCGUGUAUCAUGCGAAAUUUUAGUAUUAUAUUUAAAUAAAAAUA